AUGCCACGUUUCAGGUUGGCAAUUUCUUUGGUGCACGCCUUCUUCGAUAUCCGUCUUUCCCAGGAGCUUUGCACACCAAAGUUGUGUGAGAAGUUGGAGCAAUACGCUCACCUCGCUUGCGAAGCUUUCGCCAGCAGGUCCCAGCUCUAUAAGGCCUUUGGUGGAACGACUGAUCGUCUGCCACGAUUGCCUUCUGGUGCUGGCUUUUUUGACGAUGACCUGCACUUCUUCGUUUGUGAGGACCUGGAUCCGGAGAUCCACCCAAAGGAUCCGUCACCGCCCGCGGUGCACACGUUGACCUCGGUCCUGUGUUGGGCUGCCGCCGAUCGCCUCCACCGUGUGGCCGCGCAUUUCUUCAGGGAUCCCAUCCGAGCAGAGCAUUGGCAGAAGAAAGCUCUGGAGAUUCACGAGGAGAUUUGCCAGCAAGCUUGGAACCCCGCCAGAGGGGCCUUCACAACCUUUUGGGGUGGCGACCGAGUGGGUCCCUCGAUGCUACGAUUGGCUGAGCUUGGCUUCCUGUCUCCUGAGGAUAGCCGGUUCCGCGGCACAGUGCGAGCAUUCGAGGUUGAUGCCGCCCUCUGCGCAACUUGUGUGAAGAAUCCCGAGGGCGAAACGCUGGAUGAGGACUCCAUCAUGUCCGCCUAUGCGACGUGCUUUACGACCAACACCUUGUUGUGGUACUCCGAAGCCUUGCGAAGUAUCGGCGCCGUCAUGGAGUCGCGGCGCUUGGUGGAAGCCUUGGUUCGCAGCUCCAAACAUCCGGGCGUCCUGGCGCAGGCCAUCGACUUGCGAUCUGGGGAACAAUGGGGUAAUACACCCUGUACCUCAGCUCUGCUCUCUCUUCUGAGAGUGUCAUUGCGCUUAUCUCGCACCUGGCGCGAGGUUUGA